CGGGACGACACCCAAGUGAGAAACAUAGCAUUACUCGGAUGCCAAGUGAAAUUUAUCAAAAUAGUAACACGCAUUCCUUCACCGCCUGUGACCGAGGCCGGUGACAAGCAACCUAUUUGUAGCUCUUUCCCGAUCGAUUCCGCAAGGUAGAAGACUCGGCACCUCACUCACUGAAUCUGCAACGACAAAAAUGGCCUCCAUUUUAGCUCGCAAAUCCAUUUCUGGUCUUCGCUCUCGCCAGCUCGCUCUGGCAGGGCAAGCAUUGCAGGGCUCCAACCAUUACGGAUCAAUCUAUGGUGAACGCUCAUUUGCCACCAAGCACUCAUUCUCUACAGACAAAGAUGAUGAAGAAAGAGAACAGCUUGCAAAGGAGAUAUCAAAAGAUUGGAAUUCUGUUUUUGAGCGGAGCAUAAACACUUUAUUCCUUACUGAAAUGGUUCGGGGUAUGAGCCUGACACUCAAAUACUUCUUUGAGAAGAAAGUUACAAUCAACUAUCCAUUUGAGAAGGGCCCUUUGAGUCCUCGUUUUCGUGGAGAACAUGCACUCCGACGAUAUCCAACUGGAGAGGAACGGUGUAUUGCCUGCAAACUGUGUGAAGCUAUUUGCCCUGCCCAAGCAAUCACCAUUGAAGCUGAGGAACGAGAAGAUGGGAGCCGCCGGACAACAAGGUAUGAUAUCGACAUGACCAAGUGCAUUUACUGCGGGUUUUGCCAAGAAGCAUGUCCUGUUGAUGCCAUUGUUGAAGGGCCCAACUUUGAAUUUGCUACUGAAACUCACGAGGAACUUCUUUACGAUAAGGAGAAGCUACUCGAGAAUGGUGACCGAUGGGAAACUGAAAUUGCUGAGAACCUGAGAUCUGAAAGCUUGUACCGUUGAGUCGACGAGUCGUCAUUAAUUUCAGUUAAACUUGAACUUGGGUCCUCGUGAUUUUGAAUAUUUGCUAAAUAAAGGGAUCUAUUUAUCAUUUGUAUCUUCUUUGUUACUUCCAUUUUGCCACAAUAAUUGUGUAAGUUCCUAGUAUGGAACAUCAGUCGUGUAUAAGAAAGCAAGUGAAAUAACUUUCCUUGUGAAGUGAGGUUCAUUUGACGUUACUUAUUGGUCGGAUUAAAUUUCAUUUUUUUUUAA